AUGCCAAAUCCAGUUGUAUACUUCGAUAUCUCAAUCGGCCAAGCUCCAGCCGGUCGCAUCACUAUGGAGUUGUUCGCAGAUAAAGUACCUAUCACAGCUGAAAAUUUUAGAGCACUCUGUACCGGUGAAAAGGGUAUGGGUCAAUCAGGAAAGCCUCUCUGUUAUACUGGGUCAUCCUUCCAUCGUAUCAUUCCCCAAUUUAUGAUCCAAGGCGGUGAUUUUACCCGUGGUGAUGGUACUGGUGGUGAGUCAAUCUAUGGUUCUAAAUUCAGAGAUGAGAACUUCACUUACCCACAUGAUUCACCAUUCCUUCUUUCAAUGGCUAAUGCAGGUCCAAACACCAAUGGAUCUCAAUUUUUCAUCACCACUGUUAAAUGCCCAUGGUUAGACGGAAAGCACGUUGUAUUUGGCAAAGUUUUGGAAGGUACGGAAGUAGUCAAAAAUAUCGAGAGAUGUGGAUCUCAAAAUGGGAAACCAACCAAGUCUGUAUGUAUCACUGCUUCCGGUGUCCUUUCUUAA